GCGGCGCAGUCAGUCAAUCCGGUGUCGGUAGUCCGAGCAUCUCCGUCCCGUCGCUCCGCGAGAUCAGCCGAGAACGAACAUGUGAGAGAGGCUGCGCCGAUCGCAUACCUGUGGCGCGGGCGAAACAAGUUGGCGGUUGCGGCGCGCGCGCGCGCGCUCGCUUAUCUCCGUGUCCGAGUGGAGUGCGAGAGUGGCCGGGUAAAAUAGUGCGUCGAGGAGGAGGAAGAGGUCGGGGUCCUGCUGGGCCAACUCUAUAACUGAAAAGCGAAAGGGAUAGGUGGGAAAGGGGGCGAUUUGGCGAGUAGGUCCUCGGAGAGGAUAGAAGAAUGGAGGACGAGUUGCGCUGCCCGGCGUGUAAGAAGCUCCUGAGCGAGCCGGUGCUCCUGCCCUGUUGGCACGCCUUGUGCCUGGGUUGUGCCAUGGGCAUGCAGGCGGUUCCGGAUUCGCCGCCAGAAUCCUCGGGAGACUCGGUUGGCGCGGCCCCGGGCUCCGAUCAGGAGGCCGACAAGCUCUCCAUUCUCUCGGAGACGGACUCGGGCGUCGUCUGCAGUAGUAGUACCUCCACGGGCUCGAGGCCCGGUAGUUACGUCGGCACACCGGGGAACGGAGGCUGCUUCCCGCCCAGCGGCGGUACGCUCUGUCUCUCGUGCCCCGUGUGCCAGAAAACGGUCUUCUUUGACGAGGGUGGUGCUCACAAUCUACCAAAGUACCGGGCAAUGCAGAGGAUCGUCGACAAGUACGUGGAGGCGCGCAACGUCAAGCUCAUGUGCCAGAUGUGCGAGGGCGAGCCCCAGGAGGCGACGGUUGCCUGCGAGCAGUGCGAGGUGCUGUACUGCGAGAGCUGCCGCGAGUCCUGUCACCCCAAGCGCGGCCCCUUGGCCACGCACAAGCUGGGCCCGGCCCAGGGCAGUUGGUCAGGUGGCAUGGGGCCAAUGCAAAAACAGCGAAGCCACCACGAGAACGGUAAUCCGGGCUGCCUGGAGCACGUCGGCGAGACCGUGAGCCUCUAUUGCGCGCUCUGCAAGAUCGCGGCCUGCGGGCUUUGUCUGCGCGACCGGCACACGGCUCAUCCCCACGACGUCCUGCCCUUGGCAGCCGCCUGCAAAGCACAAAAGACGGAGCUCUCGCAGAACCUGCAACAACUGUCGGAGCGGGCGAGGUCCACGACCGAGUUCAUUCAAAGGCUCAAAAGAAUGACGGAUAAAGUGCACGAGGAGUGCAUCUCACUGGAGGAGGAGGUCGAGGAGCGCAUCAAUAGCCUCGUAGCGAUGCUCCAUACUCGCAAAUCCCGGCUGAUCGAGGCUGCGAGGCAGACGCGCGAGGCUCGUGUCCGUCUUCUCCGAGAUCAAGUGUCACGAUGCGCCGGCCACCUCACGACGACGACGGGCCUCCUCACAUUCUGCAUCGAGGCCCUCAAGGAGACCGACAGCGCAGCCUUCCUCCAGAUCGGCGGUAUGCUGUCGAUGCGGGCCGCUACGGCUGCGGGCUCGUGGGGCGCCGCCGAGGGAGUCCAGGAGAUCGCGAGAUUGCCACUCCUGGAUCUCACCCUCGACGAUAAGCCCGUGAGGCGAGCCGUAGAUCAGCUCACGUUCGUGCAGAUGAAGCCCAUGGAGGGUGAGGACCGCUAUCCAACUACAGCCCCGGGAGCGCCGAUCCUCAUACCGGAAGAGUGCAGCGCGGAGAACAACAGCGUGACUGUCGCGUGGCAGGCGCCACAAGGCUGUGGUGUCGGACAGCGGGGACCGGCGGUCGAGGGCUACCUCCUGGAGCUUGACGACGGCUGCGCCGGAGAGUUUCGGGAGGUGUACUGCGGCCGCGAGACGAUUUGCACGGUGGAUGGUCUUCACUUCAAUUCCCUUUACAACGCCCGGGUGCGGGCUUUCAACAGCGCCGGUGAGGGCGAGUACUCCGAGCUAAUAGGCCUGCAGACGGCCGAGGUCGCAUGGUUCUCGUGGGCGAUGAGCACCCCGGGAUUGCCGCAAGAGGUAUCGAUGUCCGAGGAUACGAUGAGCGCUUCCUGCGAGGGAUACGAGCACCGAGUCGUCCUCUCUACCGUUGGCUUCUCUCGAGGACUUCAUUAUUGGGAGUUGACCAUUGACCGAUAUCACAGUGACACCGACCCGGCUUUUGGCAUUGCACGAGCGGACGUGUCACGUGACCAGAUGCUCGGCAAGGACGACCGAGGCUGGAGCAUGUACAUUGACAGGCAGCGCUCGUGGUUCAUGCACGGCGGGAUUCAUGCCCAGCGCACCGAGGGCGGCGUCCAGCAGGGCGCGACCAUCGGCCUCCUCCUUGACCUCGAGAACAGCCAUACUCUACGGUUCUUCGUGAAUGACCAGGCCCAGGGCAGCAUAGCCUUCCGUGACCUCUACGGCGUGUUUUACCCCGCGGUGAGCCUCAACCGCGGUGUCACCGUCACCCUACAUACGGGCCUUGACGUGCCCCGGCACCUCCACGUGCUCAAUCACCAAUUCGAAGAACCCUGCAUCGUCGGGGACGUGCUCCAGAGCUAGGGGUACCUUAACGUCUUGAGGAAGGGCUUGCUCAUACAGCAAGAGCUCCUGCACUUUCCCCUCCACCAGAGUCACGAGCGCUACAAAGAUAUCGGUGAUCUGGGCCAGGUGCAAACGCUUGAGAGGAUCGUCGAGGAGAGUAUUGCAGAUGUCUGCGCUUAAGGGAAAAACUUGUUGAUCGAAGCCCACCUACGCCGUAUAUUUUACAACAAUAAUAGUUAUUUUUUAUUUAUUUUUUUGUUUUGUUUUGUUUUAUUUUGUUUAAAUGACUUUAUUUUUACAAGAAAGGUGGUAUUUUCUCGUAUGUAACGUACAAAAACCUCCAAUGCCAUAUUAUUGAUAUGUAAUAACGCGCACACGAUGAAAUGCUAACUGGGCAUAAUUGUACAGAGAAAAAUACUUUAUAAAGUAAUCGUAAUUUCGAUAACACUUAGGACAUUAGUACUUUUAUUUUUAAUUAUUACUCUCUACCUAUUGUUACAAAAUAUUUAUAUGUUUAGUUUAAGGAACAUACAAUGUUUCACAUCACCCAGCCUUAUUCUUUAAUACCAUCGACACGACCACCACCACCACUACUACUAAUAUCAUCAUCGUCG